AUGGGUGUCCCUACCCACGACUUGAACGCUCUCGAGCAGCGUCGCCUCACUCUUGAGGAUAACAUCCUUCAGCUCCAAAAGUCUCUGUAUCACUGGCGCAACUGGGAGGCGGAAUACGACGGCUUCCGCGAUGCGAUUAGCGAUCUCGACAAUGACGCCACCACGGACGAUUUCGUUGCUGCCGGCCGUGAACUUGGAGGGGAGCUUGUGACCGACGACGAAAUCCAAGCGAUUCUUGGUGGAAAACAAGGGAUCACGCGGUCUCGUGCACAGGUGGUUGAUCUUAUUGGAAGACGGAUCGACUAUGUUAAGCAAAAUGUGGCUUCCAUGGAGAAGAGACUGAGAGUUGCCGAGGAUGAGCUGUACAAUAUGGACUCAAGUGACGCCCCGGGGGAUGGUGGCGCGUUCGCUGUGAAGGAAAUCAUGGAAGAGCUGGACGAGGAGGGUAACGUCGUCUCCAGCUCGAUCAAUACCCCCGGUGAUCAGGCUUCGCAGUUACUGGAGACCUUGAAGAAGGCCGGCGUUGAGGAUAUCCCCGAGAAUGUCACCACCACUACUACAUCAGGCGAUGCUUCCAACGCGACUACCUCCUCUGCACCGGAGCAGAAAGCAGAAAAAAUGGAUACAGCCGAGGAUCAAUCUCAGCAGACCACUACCUCCACUAGCCAGCUCCCAGAAACCAACGGCGCUUCCGUGCAGGAGAAGGAAAUCGAUCUCUCAAAGCCAGUGUCCCUAGUGACAGCCGAAGACCGCGAGCAACCUCCCGUUACCGACAUCGAUGAGUCCGUUGAGGACGCCAGUCUUCGCCGGGAAAUGCUGCAAUACGGGAUCGAUGAGGUUGGCGCGAUUGUCGCGGAAUUGGAGCUUGAUGAGGAAGGAAGUGAAUUCUCCGUUGACGAGGACGAAUACGACUGGGAUGACGACGAGGAGAACGAAGAUGAAUUUGGCCGCUCGCACACUGUCCUCUCCGACGAUUAUCAUCAGCAGAUGCGACAGCUAGAGGCCAAGCUCAAUGCUCGAGGGAUGUACAACAUGGGCAAGGACUCUGCAGGAUUCCCGGAGGACAUUCGAGAAGACCUCGAGAAGCCUUCCGCGGCAGUUGUCUCGCAGGAUGACGCUGAAAGCUCCCAGAGCAAAAAGCCAAAGAAGCGUGUCGCAUUUGCGGACGAUUUGGACAUUGCUCCUGCGUCUGAAGCCUCGGCUGCCGAGCCAAAGACUCUUCCGCCGCAACCAGAUGUUCCAGUGCUCCUAGAUGCCAUCGUCGAGCGUACGGGUCGCACCCAGGAAGCACCAGCAGCCGCGGAAGAACGCCCCAAGAAGUUUUCAAAGUUCAAGAGCGCUCGUGCUUCAACUGCUACCGAUGACGCGGCAGGCUUGUCCACCAUAACUCCAAUUACCUCCAAACCAUCCAAAUUCGCCGAGGCUCGCUCUCGGAAACAAGUCAACGCUGUCCCGUCGAACACAACCCCUGAACUAUUUCCCGCCACUCCCCAGGAGCCGAAGCCGUUCUCCGCGCCCAUCACGGUUCCUUGGGAGCCAGCCGUUCCUCAACCCCCUGAAGGCAAGACUCUUGCCGACAAGCUUGUCGAGCGAGAAAGGACCCCUGGCGCAGCUGCACCGGAACCCGAUGAGCUGGAUGAGUCAAUCCACCGCCGUGAGAUUGCUUCCGAGUUCUAUAAAGUACGGAAUCGAAUGAUCCACCAACAAGGUGGCUUCGUCGAUAACGAACAAGAAAAUGAGCCCAUCGAAGAAGAGGGCCAGCCACGGAUUAGCAAGUUCAGAGCUGCUCGCAUGCGCUAA